AUGAAAGCUGCUGUUGCGACUGGGAUUGAAGAUGUCGACAAUCAUAUCCACGUCAAGGAAGAUUGGCCCAAACCGACGCUGGCAACAGCCAUAGAUUCAAAGACUGGCAAACUAGUCUCGGAACUCAAGGAUGCGCACUUAAUCGUUCGUGUACUCGCAUGUGCCAUUGCUCCCGGAGACUGUCGACUGUUUCGGGGAAAGACAGAUAUGGCACAGCUUCCAAAAUACGGCAGACCGUAUGUGCUUGGCAGUGAUAUUUGUGGGAUCGUGAUGGAAGUUGAUGACAAGAAUUCCUACUUUCAAGUUGGUGACAAGAUUAUUGCUCGUUUUGCCGAGCCACAACCGGUAGGAAUGUGUGCAGAGUACUCUUGUGUCAAGACCGAGUUCAGUGAAAAAUGUCCUUCGUCGAUCCCUGCCAUCCAUGCUUGCACCCUGCCAUCCUCGGCAGCAGCGGCCAAGAAUGUUGCCGAAGGCUUUGUCUCAAAGGGAGACAGAGUUUUGUUGCUUGGAGCCAGUGGCGGAGUGGGGACCUUUCUCUCUCAAUACAUUAAACUGCAAGGAGCAAGUUUCUUAGCUGCAACGACGACCCAAGCCAAACUCGCAGAGUCGCUGGGUGUAGAUCGGAUCAUAGACUAUCGAACAGAAAAUUGGUGGGAACUCGAAUCCGAAUUUCAAGGCAAACCGUUUGACAAGGUCAUUGACUUAGUCAAUGGCGAAAACUGGACCCGAGGGGCCCGUUCAGGGACCAAAGUCUUGCCGAAGAAGGUUCCCUAUGUGCAACUUAUCCCCGGCGUCGGAACAGAAAUCAACAUGACUGGUCUUGGCAUCGGAUCGUUUCUUGGUUCCAUGCUCGGUCGAAAACUAGUUUCCAAGUGCCAUCCCUCCUGCCCGAAAUGGGAGAUCCCACAAGGAUUGGAUCUACCACCUGGUCAUCUAAAGAAGGUUCUUGGUGAUGUGGAAUCAGGAAAGGUUCGUGUGAUUUUGGAUUCGGCAGGACCAUUCCAGUUCACGUCCGCAGGCGUUCGCGCGGCCAUGAGGUUGCAACAAUCCAAGCAUGCCCACGGCAAAGUAGUGAUAGAAAUCGCUAAAGAUGAGUGA